GCACGGCGCCCGCCAGCCUGCCCGCCCGCCCUCCACCUCCGCAGCGAUUUUCCGUACCUUCGGGCGGAGACACCGGGAAUGCUCACGUUGUGGGCACUGCCGAUCUGAUUUCUAUCCGCCCAGCAGUGGGCCCCGGAGCUUUCCUCCACCACGGUUCUGCCCGCGUCUGUGGACUGCCAGCUUUGCAGGCCGGCCCACUCGGCACAAAAGCCCCAGAGGGCCUCCGCCCCCUUCUUCCAUUCCUAAACGGGCAAAUCCGAGCAGUUACUCGGUUGGCAGCAUUCCUCCACUUACUUUUGUUCCUGUUGGCCCGUCUCUCGUAGCCCAGGAGACCAGAUUCUUCUCCUGACCUACAAAGAAAGGUCUUCUGGACUGAGGUCCUCUUCUGAGCCUCAGAGCUUCCAGCAAUAAAGUUCAGAGCGUCACACACUGUGUGGCCCCAAGGAUGUUGCACUUAAAAGCCUCAACUCCCUUUCUGGUUUCAGGUUUCUGGACUAGACCUAGAGCUUCAACAAAAGAAUUCAACUGGAAAACCAAGAGUGGCAGACUGUCUUCUUCAGAAAAUAGGCAGAAGCCAGGCGGAGACCAGGAAUUCUUGGAACACCUGUUUUCCCUCUGGAGGACUCUAAAUUAUUUUGGAAGACAAAGGCAGUUCAAUAUGGCAACUGGACUGAGAGAACAGGAAGGAGCCAUCACCGUGAUUUGGUGACAGCUCUUCAAACAACAGUGUCUUUAAGGAAAGCUGGAUAAGGAACUCCUGAACUUUUGGGUUCAUUAAAUGAAAAAUCAGCAUGGCUCAGGUAAAAAGCUCUAGAGUCCUCCUUCAAGAUCAUUCACUGGGAAGCCUGUUUGCAAUGUCACUCUUGAAUGCUGCCUUAGUCAACAAUAUUGAUCAACCCCAGUGAGCCAAGCUCUGUAUUAAGCGCCAGGGGGAGAUCUAGAGGAAGGAAAGGAGACAGGCCUCAGCCCCUGCCUUCAGGGAGCUUCCAGUCAAAUGAAGGAGGCAAGUCUCCUGGCUUGUGAAGGCCUAGCAGGUGUGAGUUUGGUUCCCACUGCAGCCAGCAAGAAGAUGAUGCUGAGCCAGAUUGCCAGCAAGCAGGCCGAGAAUGGCGAGCGGGCAGGUACCCCCGAUGUGCUGAGGUGCUCGAGUCAGGGCCACCGAAAAGACAGUGAUAAGUCCCGGAGCCGCAAAGACAAUGACAGCUUGACCGAAACCUCUCACUCAAAAAAGACUGUUAAAAAGGUGGUGGUAGUGGAACAAAAUGGCUCUUUUCAAGUAAAGAUUCCAAAAAAUUUUAUUUGUGAACACUGCUUUGGAGCCUUUAGGAGCAGUUACCACCUCAAGAGGCACAUCCUUAUUCACACUGGUGAGAAACCAUUUGAGUGUGAUAUAUGUGAUAUGCGCUUUAUCCAGAAGUACCACCUGGAACGCCACAAGCGUGUGCACAGUGGUGAAAAGCCUUACCAGUGUGAACGGUGUCAUCAGUGUUUUUCGCGGACAGAUCGAUUACUCAGACACAAGCGGAUGUGCCAAGGAUGCCAAUCCAAGACUUCCGAUGGACAGUUUUCGCUAUAGGCGCUAGGGGCCCUGGGUGGUGGGAAUGAUCAGGAAAAUCUACUGAGAGUGCACCCUCUGAUGGUCCCACCACCGCCCCUCUGCAUCUUCCCCCUUCCUGGAAGAGUGGACCUAGGGGACCAGAAGAAAGAGCAUCAGGGGACAGUGACUCCAGAGCCUCAGCUCUGCAAAAUCACCUGAGACGACGAGUGUCUCGAAGUUCCUACAGCAUUCCUGGGCAGGGGAGCUAGUCUCUGGACCUUUGGCUGAGGUCAGGUGGGGACUCAAGGUACAGGACCAAGACUGAAGUGUGGCUCCCACAACCUUGGACGCCAGCUGGUAGCUGAAAUGGAAAAGAUUGGGGAAGGGGAUUUGUUUCUUCUGUUUUUGUUUAUCCAAAAGCAGUUUCAGCAGAUGAACUGUGGAUCCAGGUAACCUGGAAGCAUAAAGUCCUUGUCCAGAGCAAGGACUGUGGCUGCUCCGGCCUUCCCCCAUUUGAGUUUAUAGUUAUAAUAGAUCCUCAGUGUUCCACGGCCCUGCACCUUCCCUCCUCAUUUAGGGAGAACAAGGCCAGGGAUGGCAGCUUACUUCGGCCUUCUUGUACACUGUAGGGAUGGAAGGAACAACAGUGGGAAGAACAGACAUGGGCUGGAUCCCAAGAAGAGUGGGCACACCUUUUUAUUUCUUCAAGAGAAGAACAAUGCUGUGCCCAUGGGUACCUGAUGGGGUCGGCUCAAGUGCCUUUUGGAGGAAACUUAGGUGAGGGUGGCCCUUGUAGCCUUUUCUCUGGGCAUUUGAUCUUGGACAUGGUUUGUGGCUACCUCACUGUCUUUGACUCCAAAAGCUAGACAGAUGUUGAGCAGCAAGUUGUGGAUUUUCUCUUUUGCUCUUAGGGACAACCCAAGGCUAGUCCCAGUUUUGCUAAUGACUGAGGAACAAAGGAAUUUGGUGGCCCUGAUGUAACUGUUAUGUGGUAGUAGGUCUGACCUUUGGUCCCAAAGAACAUGAGAUCUUGACUUCCCUCUUGGAGGCCACCCUACCCAACAAAGACUGGAGAGGCGGGCUGCUGCAAAGGAAGGACUGCAGGAGGAAACUCGCUGUUUUCUUCUUGACCGUACUCUGUUCCAAAACUCCCGCCCUGUCCACCCCUAAACCUGGCUGAGUGUGUGUUUCUGCGUGGUUUGUGAAUGUUUAUGUUUGCUUGGAGGGGGUGGCAAACUAUUGAGCCAAACCUGUCUUUGUCCCUCAAACCAGGGGAGAGUGAGUAUAAAGGAGCCUUUUCCCACCCAGAGCAAGGGUGCUUGAGUCCCAGUGAGGCUGAGAAAAAAGGGAACAGGGGGGCUUUGAUCCAGAAGGGUUUUUCUUAGUGAUUCAACAGUUUAAUGGUAAACAUGUUUUAACCCAACCCAGUGCUUGUGAACAUGAAUUUUCUGAAGUGAAAUAACUUUUGUCCUACUAAAGAAAGGAUCCUUAAGGGAGGUUUUGGGGUUUGACCCCUCCCCCAUCCCUGUGGUCUGCCAAGCCCGUGGGGUAGGGGUCCUACUCAGGAGUGAUCAUGGAGACGGUGAACCUGUGCACCCAGAAAGCAUGACUUGCUUGGCAGGUGAGGAAAUAGGCAGAAACGGCUUGCUCAUGCCAUGCCGUCUUCCAAGAGCUUGGGGCGGUCCUCAGUACCUCUGGAGUAGGCGCACUUCAGGGAAAAGGUAACAUGGCACUUUUUAGCUUUUCCCUGACAGCACCUGAGAGCCUUUGGGAGAAGGUACGAGCUAAAGUAGGUCCACGGCCGCAUGUUCUAGAUGCUGACACUCCCAUUUGAUAGGCUUCAGAACCUACACCUCAGGCCUUGGAUCCACGGUGUCCUUGCAAGCAGGAGCUGUCUUUCUGAUGUGAGCCAGCUGUUAGUGUGUUCCAUUGGGGCUGCUAUUGUCAUUCAGCUCUGGGAAAGAGGAUGCGUUUAAAGGUAUCCUAAAAGUGCUUUCCAGAGUGAAGGACUGCCCAAGGUAUCCCAUGCCCCCACAUGUAUGAAUGUGUGUACUAGAUCACAGCGGGCCUGCAGAUCUUGGCUUCCUGCCUGGAUGGGUGCUGGGAGGGAAGAAACUCCUGUGUGUACAGAUGGCCCAACCAGAUCCGCCCUGCCAAGGCCUAAAUGGGAAGUUCAGGAGCAGGCAGCGGGUCCAGAUUUUCAGGGGCAAUGGAUAUAAGGAGAGGCUAGCUGAGGUGUGAGGAGCAGUUGAGUACCCAAAGGGCCCAGGAGCCAUAUGUCUACCCCAGGGAAGCCCCAGACAGCUGCAAAGGCUCUUGGAGCUUAUGGCCCACCCUCCUUUGCCAGGGUGGAGUCUACCACUGGACUGAUUCCUCAGGUGCAAGUGAAGUGAGAGGGAAUGAGACAGGGCAGGUGCUCAGAGACCAGGAUGUGAGCUUGGGGACUGGGAAAGAGUGAUGCAGGUUCCUGGAUGGGCUCCUGCACCAGACCCUAGCAGCUAUGCCCUUCCCAGUGCCUCAUCUUUUCCGUCCACACCCCAGCAGUGUCUUGUCAUCACUUAGCUACUGAUUGUGCCCCCUAGCUUGGCAUUGGAGGGUUAAAUGAGUGGAGGCCCACCAUGGCAUUUAACUCCCCCAGCCGCAUACUGCCUCUGCUGUGAUCCCCGGGGCUUUUCUCUUCAGUACCCCUCCUACCCUCCUCUCUCUCUCUCUCUCUCUCUGUCUUUUUUUUUUUUUUUUAAAUAUACUUAUUUUGCUAUGGGGAGGGAACUAUCAAAUGGAUAAGAUCACUUUUAAAUGGUAGUUUUUAUAAGAUAAACUUGUAUCUUUUUACCAUUCAGGUGCAGUGUAUGUUCCUUCGUGAUAUAUUUAGGAUAUUUAAAUAAAAGAAUGGGGCUUUUCUA